CCUGCCCACCGCCCCCAGUCGCCGGAGCUGCCGAGCGGUCCCCAUCGCCUCUCCGCCCUCCGCCGUCCCUCCCGCGGCAGCUCCGCCGGCUCCGGCGGAGGCAGCAGCGGAGCGAGGGGCGGCCCGGGGCCGCUGCCCCUUCCCGUUCCCCGCCGCGGGGCUGAGCGCGGUGGCGGCGGGCAUCGCCGCGGGUGCGCGGAGCGCGGAGCGGAGCCCGGCGCCGCCUCCAUGUUCCAGCUGCCCAUCCUCAAUUUCAGCCCGCAGCAGGUGGCCGGGGUAUGCGAGACCCUGGAGGAGAGCGGGGACAUCGAGCGCCUGGGGCGCUUCCUCUGGUCCCUGCCCGUGGCCCCCGCGGCCUGCGAGGCGCUCAACAAGAACGAGUCGGUGCUGAGAGCCCGGGCCAUCGUGGCCUUCCACACGGGGAACUACCGGGAGCUCUACCACAUCCUGGAGAACCACAAGUUCACCAAGGAGUCCCACGCCAAACUGCAAGCCCUGUGGCUGGAAGCGCACUACCAGGAGGCGGAGAAGCUGCGGGGCCGACCCCUGGGGCCGGUGGACAAGUACCGGGUGAGGAAGAAGUUCCCGCUGCCGCGCACCAUCUGGGACGGCGAGCAGAAGACACAUUGCUUCAAGGAGCGGACGAGGCAUUUGCUGCGGGAGUGGUACCUGCAGGACCCUUACCCCAACCCCAGCAAAAAGCGGGAACUGGCUCAGGCCACGGGACUUACCCCCACGCAAGUGGGCAACUGGUUCAAAAACCGCAGGCAAAGGGACAGGGCAGCAGCCGCCAAGAACAGGCUACAGCAGCAGGUCCUAACGCAGGGCUCGGUGCGCUCGCUGCAGGCGGAGGAGGAGAGCGGCGGGGAGGCGGUGGGGGCCGCCUCCAGCCCCGCAGCCAGCCUCUCCAGCAAAGCGGCCACCUCCGCCAUCUCCAUCACAUCCAGCGACAGUGAAUGUGACAUCUGACACCAGCGGCGUGGCAAAGCGGGGCGAGGGGGAGGCCCGGCUCGCCGGUGCCCCGGGCGCGGCCGGAGCGGCGGGGCUGGCAGCCGAACGCGGGGUACGGGGCGCUCCCCG